AUGCCAUCUAAGAAGCAUAACCCGCCCGCGCGGAAGAAGGGUGGCAUCCACUUUGUAAAUGCGAGACCCACCUCCGAGAUCGAGCGCCUCAAACUGCAGCGCGUGGUACGCGCGCAUGUUGGCCGUUGGAUCUCCGCUCAGACCAGCCGACGUUUGCAAAACUCCAGCCACUUGGAUGGCGUCAAUCUUCAGCCCAACCGAGGCUUGCCCUCGGACAAAGACGGCCCUAGUCACUCUUUCACUCUGGUGUCGCGUCCGUUUCUAAAUCAGCCGCAAUGCUGGAAUCUCCCAGCGAGCGAAACUCAUGACUUGCCCUUAUCUUUUACAGAUCCCGUCAGCUGCUCGAGGAAUCUCCCCGCGUUUUCCCCGCAUGAAAGUGAGAGCAGCGAGAGCGGUGAUGAAUCAAUCACCCUACGUCUAAAGGCGACGUCAGCCACAUUGAUACCGUGGAAUGAAAUCCUGGGGUUAGACCGACAAGUCUCCGGGCAAAUAGAUCCCUUUAUGACAUAUCCUAGUCAUCUGGGGGCGGCACCCGAGGUGGUGGAUGCAUGCCAAAACUACUGCCUCAAUACCAUGUGGCCAGGAGUCAUUCCAGGACAAGGCAGCUCUCUUACGCUGUUACCCUCACUUCCCCGGCGAUCAUGGUUCAAGACUGCGCGAUCGGACCCCGCCCUCUUUAGCACGUUUAUGUAUGGUUCUCUAUGUCAUCAGCGAAUACUUUGGGCGAACGGACGGCUUCCAAGUCACUCCUAUGGGCCAACCCAACACCGUCUCCUGGAGAAGUGCGAAACCGACUCGAUCAUAUUGAUCAACCAAGCGGUUCGUGACCCAUCGCGUGCGAUCAGUGAUUCGCUUUUGUUGAGCGUCGUUUGCAUGGCGCAUCAUGCAGCUCCAGCCGAAAUCAAGAUCCAGGACACGCCCUUUGAACCGCCAUUUCAGUCAUUGCAGUGGUUAGAUGUCUAUGGCUGCCUCUCUCCAAAUGUGAUUCACCUUCAGGGAUUGGUACAAUUGCUCAAGUUGCGUGGUGGCUUACGAAACAUUAAACUGCCCGGACUAGCCGCAAUGGUUUGCUUUUCCGAAAUUUUUAUCGCAGCCGCUUGGUGCAUCCAACCUAUUUUCGAAUUCUGGCCCCUGAACGAAAAUCGUCUUGGAACUCCGUUGCAGGAGUUGAUUGACUUUGGCCCAUCCGAUAUCCAACACGGCUUCGGACAAUACCAAGUGAUUGGCUUUACCCCCCAAAUGGCGGAGGCCUUCCAAGCCGCCCGAACGUACAUCAAAAUCAUAGAGAAAAGCGAGGAAGGCUUGAAAACCCCAAAUCAGGACCGUCUCGAUGAAUCACUGCUUGCCGACCAACGAAAUCUCACCGAGUAUACCCUACUCACCCUUGUCCCAUCCCAGGCCAUUAUAUCGUACUUCUCCCAUCCAACCCAAGGUACAACAUAUGAGGCCUGUCGUCUAGCUGGCCUUAUAUUUGGUGUGGGGGUAAUCUUUCCUAUCCCUCAACAAAAUAGCCCUCUCCAAGGCCUCGCGAAGAGACUUUGCACCGCUAUCCUCCAACCGACGGCAGCGGUCCUAUGGUCGCAUCCAAGCACCCGCGUCCCUUUAAUCUGGAUAUUAAUCCUCGGUGGAAUCGCAGCCUCUGGAUCACCAGACCGCUCGUUCUUUGUCUCUAGUCUAGCUGAUAUAGUGCGUCGCAACAAUGUCCGAUCUUGGACCGAGAUUCGGCUUUCCUUGGACAAAAUGCUUUGGCAUGAAGGUGCCUGCGAGAAAGCUGGUCGCAAAUUAUGGUGCGAAGUCGAUAUUUUCUUGGAGCAAAAUCCAGCUUUAAUCGAUGAGAAGCCGCAGUUCAGUACUGGGUGA